AUGCUCUCCCUGGUUGUUUUAAUCUUAUUCGUUCAGCUACUGAAGCCGACAUGGCAGCAGAUUCCCCGGCAAUGCGCUACCACUGAAGCUCUGGCCUUGAAGCAGUGCUGUCCUGUUUGGAGCGGAGACGGAUCUGCAUGCGGAGCUCGCUCUGGUCGGGGAUUUUGCCAAGACGUGGCCGUUUCGGAGCAGCCCGAUGGCCCCCAAUACCCGUUUAGAGGCGUGGAUGACCGGGAGAGGUGGCCUCUCAGCUUUUUCAACCGCACUUGCCGUUGUCUCAGAAACUUUAUGGGUUCCGAUUGCGGUGAUUGCGCGUUUGGCUACUACGGGUCAGUUUGCGCUGAAAGACGCGAGACGGUCAGAAGAAAUAUUCUUCAGCUUUCAAAGAUCGAAAGGCAGAAGUUCAUCUCUUAUCUUAAUUUGGCCAAAAAUACAAUCAGUCAAGAUUAUGUGAUAAUUACGGGCAUCUACAACCAAAUCAGCAACUCAUCCGGGCCAAUGUUUAAAGACGUUUCCGUCUACGAUCUGUUUGUCUGGAUGCAUUACUAUGUUUCUCGGCCAGCCCUGCUCGGAGGGGAGAAGAAUAUCUGGACGCAGGUGGAUUUUGGACACUGGGCCCCGGGCUUCUUGCCAUGGCACAGGGUGUUUCUGCUUCGCUGGGAACAUGAGAUAAGGAAAGUAACGGGAGACUUCGACUUUGCUAUGCCAUACUGGGACUGGAGGGAUGAGCAGAAGUGUGAGGUUUGCACCGAUGAGCUCAUGGGUGGGCAAAGUCCUCUUGACCCCAGACUCAUCAGCCCGUCUUCUGUUUUCUCUUCAUGGAGGGUUAUUUGCUCCAGAGAACCUGAAUACAGUCUGAACGGUAUCCUAUGUAAUGGCAUUGAAGAAGGACCUUUAUUGCGCAACCCUGGGAACCAUAACCAGAAUCUGACAGAUGGGCUUCCUACAUCUGCUGAAGUGGACUUUACUCUCAGCCUGUCCGAGUAUGACACAGGACCAAUGGACCGCAUGGCUAACAUGAGCUUCAGGAACACGCUAGAAGGUUUUGGAAAUCCUCGCACAGGCCUUGGGAACAGCAGCAAACUUGGCAUGCAUGCAGCACUGCACAUCUUCAUGAACGGCUCCAUGACCUCAGUGCAGGGCUCAGCCAAUGACCCAAUUUUCCUCCUACAUCAUGCAUUCGUAGAUAGCAUUUAUGAGCAGUGGUUAAGAAGAUACCAGCCAGAAAAGUCUUACUACCCCACAGCUAAUGCACCAAUUGGCCACAACAGUGAAUACUUCAUGGUGCCAUUUAUACCUCUCUACCGGAAUGGGGACUACUUUAUUUCCAGCAAAGAAAUGGGCUAUGAAUACUUCUACCUCCAAGAUCCUGGUCAGCGGUUUGUAGAUGACGUCAGGUCCUAUCUGGAGGAGGCGCAUGGCCUCUGGCCCUGGCUGCUGGGCGCCGCGGUCUUGGGCGCAGUUUGUUUUGCACUUUUGGCUGUGGUGCUGACUAAAAUCCGCAGACUUUUAGCAAGACGAGCGGAGGAAAGCUUCGAGAAGCAACCUCUCCUAAGCAGCUCCGAGGACUCGACCGACUCGUACUAAGCCUGAAGCACGUGACCUCUAGGUGGCGACAGUGCACAUGAAACCUUUUCCACCCGCCUAGAACUCUAGUACUCUAGAUAAGAAGUGGGGAGAAACAUAUAAAAAUGUGAACGUCAGAUAUGGGGCGAAGUUAAGAUAUAAAUAUGAUUAUGAUUUUU